GGCUGAAGGGAUCAGAGACCGUGUUGAGGAGAGAGUGUGUGAGCUGCGUGUGUGUCGUCAUGGCCUUCUACUGCGCAGCCCUUCUCCUCUGCACCCUGCUCUCUGCAGGUGCACAGCAGGCCCCGGUGGUGACCAUCGAGCCCCGCAGCGCCUCAGUUCGACAGGGUGAGACUGUCAGCUUCCGCUGCCGGGUCCAAGGAGGGGUGCAACCUGUGCAGCUGGAGUGGAAGAGAACCAACAACCAGCCCUUGUCAGACAACGUGAAAAUCGGACCAGAUGGUUCCGUCAUCACCUUCACCAGCACUCGGCCUGGCAACCAGGGCACCUACCGCUGUCUGGCCACCAGCGCGCAGGGUAGAGCCCAGAGCGUAGCGACGCUGAACGUGAGGCAGCCCCCCAAAGUCCGGGUGACCCCUAGCGGUCCAGUGCAAGUGCAGGCGGGUGAACAGGUCAGUGUGGAGUGUCACGUAACGGGAAGGCCCCGCCCAUCUGCCAGCUGGCUCCGUGUGGACCGCAAUCGCGAGACAGUGCUGAGCACGACAACAUCUACAGAUGCCGCCACUGUGAUGCAGGUGGUCUCGGCACGAUCAGAAGAUGCCGGUGUCUACAUAUGCAGGGCCCAGAACAGUGAAGGAACCUCAGAGUCGAAGGUGGAGCUGAGAGUAGAGGGUGGAGUCCAGGGGGCCACACUUCCAGAAGCCUCCGUUUCCCCGGCCGAGACGGUGGCGGUAGAGGGGCAAACUGUGACCCUCCACUGUGAAGUCAGCGGGUUCCCCACUCCAACCAUAUCCUGGUCCAAGCUGCGCGCCCCCCUGCCCUGGCUGCACAAGAUCCAAGGAGGAAGCCUGACUUUGCAGAAUGUGGGUCGCCAGGACUCGGGCCAGUACAUCUGCAACGCCACCAACGAUGUGGGCUUCAUCGAAGCAACAGCCCAGGUGGAGGUGGAAACACGUCCCUACACAACGUGCCUACCUGAGCAGCUGCGUGUGCGGGCAGGGGAGUCCAUUCGUCUGCAGUGCCUGGUCCAUGGGACCCCACCCGUGCAUCUGCAGUGGUCCAAGGUGGGAGGCACCAUCCCAAGAAGGGCAGAGACUCAUGACAGCAUCCUGCUGAUCAGCCAGGCUAAGGCGGCCGAUGCCGGAACCUACAAGUGUGUGGCCUCCAACAGACAUGGCACCAGCGAAGCCGUGGCCAAAGUCACCGUGCGCUAGGUUCACCCAAGAUGAAGCCCCCCUGAAGACCAAACCUAUGCGCCUCUAACCUCUCCAGUGUUGCUCUUAAACCAGAAUGGCCCAGUCAGCCUGGACCAGUGGCUCCGAGCUCAUGCAUCGUGCGACAUGCAAUGCUUUGCUCGUGAAAACCUCACCAAUAGCAACCAAACGAAGACUCAACAUCUCUGCUCCUUUCCUUCAUUCCCUGCAGAUUCUGUUCUUCUCAAAUCUGUAUGGAGCACCAAAUAAAAGAGUUUAACUUGACACAG